GUUCCGGCUUCUUCUCGUCGAGUUCUGAGGUAAAAGUAGUAAGCAAAGACUGAGAAUGGAAAGCUUGGACAAUAAUUUUCCUGUGCGCCAUAGAAAAUACUCGUUCGAAAGCAAGGGAAACAAGACAGAGAUUGUGAUCUGCAGCUAUGAAGAUCAUAUCCUUGUCAUAGCUACACAGAUUGGAGCCAUGGGAACUAUAUUGCACGCAAGGAAGGAGGAAGGGAUGUCUGUUGAACCAACAUUUAGUGUUUCAGUGAUAUUCGGAAAGCGAGAUGAGCCAAUGCUGACAGCAACUGCUCGAAGACUCAUUGAACACAUAAGUUCUAUUGUUCCCUCGAAGCCUCUGGUUCUCUCACUUGGUCUCAACGAUCAUUCUUCGGAGACAUUGAAGGAAAUAGUAGCGACGGUGAUUGAGAAUCGCCUUUGGUAAUACAUAUUGUUGUCCAGUUAAUGGAUAACGAAAAUAUGUCUUUAUAUUUUGUUCUUGGUUGAUAUAAUGAGCGAGUUGUGGAAUCUUUUCUUGUUUAUACAUAAAACAUUGUUUUUGAG